CUUUCACACCGUGUGGGUUGCCAGCAAAUCUUAAGAGCCCUCUGAGACUGAGCCUGGGCCCAGUGUGGGAAAGAUGAACUCCUGUAUCAUCACCGUCAGGCUGCUGCUGUCUGGGCUCUUUCUGUUCGCAUUGGCCUGGAGCUACAACCUGGAGGUGCGGCACGUGCAGACGUUCUCCUCCCCGCAUGCGGGGCGGCACUUCGGGUACCGAGUCCUGCAGGUCGGACGCGGGAUUGUCGUGGGAGCGCCCGGUGAGGGGAACAGCACUGGAAGCCUCUAUCAGUGCCAGCCUGGCCUGAAGCACUGCCUUUCACUUAGCGUGAGUGGUUCCAACUAUACCUCCAAGUACAUGGGAAUGACCUUGGUGACAGACUCCACAAGUGGAAGCCUUUUGGCCUGCGAUCCUGGGCUGUCUCGGACAUGUGACCAGAAUACCUAUCUGAGUGGCCUGUGUUACCUAUUUCCCCCGAAUCUGGAGGUACCUGUGCUUCAAGGGCGUCCUGGCUACCAAGAAUGUAUAAAGGGCAAUGUGGACCUGGUAUUUCUGUUUGAUGGCUCCCGGAGCUUGCACCAAGAUGAAUUCCAGAAAAUAGUGGACUUCAUGAAAGAUGUGAUGAGGAAACUCAGCAACUCCUCUUACCAGUUUGCUGCUGUUCAGUUUUCUACCACCUACAAAACAGAAUUUAAUUUCUUAGAUUAUGUUGCACUGAAAGACCCUGAUGUUCUGCUCGCCAAUGUCACCCACAUGUGUUUAUUGACCAACACCUUUGGUGCCAUCAACUAUGUCGUGACACAGGUGUUCCGGCCAGAGCUGGGGGCCCGGCAAGAUGCCACCAGAGUGCUCAUCAUCAUCACUGAUGGCGAGGCCACUGACUCCGGUAACAUUGAUGUGGCCAAAGACAUUGUGCGCUACAUCAUUGGGAUUGGAAAUCAAUUCAAGACCACACAGAGUCAGAAGACACUGCACAAAUUUGCCUCCAAACCCACUGAGAAGUUCGUAAAGAUUCUGGACACAUUUGAGAAGCUUAAAAAUUUAUUCACAGAACUGCAAAGGAGGAUCUACGACAUUGAGGGCACCAGCCAACGGGACCUGACAUCCUUCAACAUGGAGCUGUCCUCCAGCGGGAUCAGUGCAGACCUCAGCAAGGGCCAUGGUGUCGUGGGAGCAGUUGGAGCCAAGGACUGGGCUGGGGGCUUUCUGGACCUGAAGGAAGACCUGCAGGAUGCCAUGUUUGUUGGGAAUGAACCCCUGACACAAGAAGCAAAAGAGGGCUAUUUGGGCUACUCAGUGACCUGGCUGCCUUCCCGAGGACCCACAUCGCUGCUGGCAGCAGGAGCACCCCGUUACCAGCAUGUAGGGCAGGUACUGCUGUUCCAAGAGCCAAAAGAUGGACAACACUGGAUCCAGAUCCAGAAAAUAAGUGGAACCCAGAUCGGCUCUUAUUUUGGCGGGGAGCUGUGUAGCAUUGACAUGGACCAAGAUGGGGAGGCAGAGCUGCUGCUGAUUGGAGCCCCCUUGUUCUAUGGGGAGCAAAGAGGAGGCCGGGUGUUCAUCUUCCAGAGAAAGCAGCUGAAGUUUACGAUGGUCUCAGAACUCCAGGGUGAUGCUGGCCACCCCCUGGGGCGUUUUGGAGCCGCCAUCAGUGCCCUGACAGACAUCAACGGGGAUGGGCUGGUGGACGUGGCCGUGGGAGCUCCUCUGGAGGCCCAGGGGGCUGUGUACAUCUUCAAUGGGCAGCGUGGUGGGCUCAGCUCCUAUCCGAGUCAGCGGAUCAAGGGGUCCCAAAUGCUGCCAGGAAUUCGGUGGUUUGGGCGCUCCAUCCACGGGGUGAAGGAUCUUGGAGGAGAUGGCCUGGCAGAUGUUGCGGUAGGGGCAGAGGGCCAGGUGAUUUUGCUGAGCUCCCGGCCCGUGGUGGACAUCAUCACUGAGAUGUCCUUCUUCCCAGCCGAGGUCCCGGUGCACGAGGUGGAGUGUUCCCACCUGGCCAGUCCCAAGAAGAAGGAAGGCGUUAAUCUUACGGUCUGCUUCCAGAUGAAAUCUCUCAUGCCCCAGUUCCAAGGUCGCCUGCUUGCCAAUCUCACCUACACCCUGCAGCUGGAUGGACAUCGGAUGAGGAGCCGAGGGCUGUUCCCAGGAGGUGGAAACCAUCUCAGCGUGAACACAGCUGUCACCCCAACCAAGUCCUGCCAGGAGUUCUGGUUUCACUUCCCAGUCUGCAUUCAAGAUCUCAUCUCCCCCAUCAACGUCUCUCUGAAUUUCUCUCUGCUGGAAGAUGAAGAGACACCGGGGGACCCAGCCAUGAUCAAAGACAUGCAGCCCAUUCUGAGACCCGGGCCACACUCUGAAAUCAUAGAGAUCCCUUUUGAGAAGAACUGUGGGGAGGAUAAGAAGUGUGAAGCGAAUUUGGCACUGUCCUUGCCUGCCAGAUCCAGAUCCCUGCCUCUGACACCCUCUGCGAGCCUGGAUGUAGAGUGGGUGCUGAGUAACCAGGGAGAAGAUGCCUAUUGGGUCCAGCUAGUCCUGGAGUUCCCGAGUGGCCUAUCCUUCCGCAAGGCAGAAGUGCUCAAGCCACACAGCCAGGUACCUAUAAACUGUGAGGAGCGUCCUGAGGAAGCCGGGCUCCUGACCAAGAUGCUCUCAUGCAAUGUGAGCUCUCCCAUCUUCAAAGCAGGCAGCUUGGUUGGUGUGCAAGUGAUGUUUAACACUCUGACAAACAGCUCCUGGGAGGACUUUGCGGAGCUCCUUGCCACUGUGCACUGCCAGAAUGAGGACUCUGGGCUCCUGGAGGACAACGUGGCUGCCACCCGCAUCCCUGUCCUGUACCCCAUCAACAUCCUCAUUGAAGACCAGGAGAACUCCACACUGUACAUCAGCUUCACCUCCAAAGGUCCCAAGAUCCACCAAGUCCAGCAUAUCUACCAGGUACGGAUUCAGCCUUCUGUCCACGACCACAGUAUGCCCCUCCUGGAAGCCUUGGUGCGGGUGCCACAGCUGGAUAGUGGUGGGCCCAUCACUCACACCUGGAGAGUGCAGAUGGAACCUCCUGUUACCUGCUUUCAUGAGGAUCUGCGAAUACCAGCCAAUGUGUCCGAGCCUUGUCUCCCUGGAGCUGCAUUCCGCUGCCUCGUUGCCUUCAGGCCUGAGAUCCUUGUGCAUGUGAUGGGCACCGUGGAGCUGGUGGAGGACAUUGAGGCCUCCUCCAUGCUCAGCCUCUGCAGCUCCCUCUCCAUCUCCUUCAACAGCAGCAAGCAUUUCCAUCUGUACGGCAGCAAGGCCGCCCAGGCACAGGUCCUCAUGAAGGUGGACGUGGUGCACGAGAAGGCGAUGCUCCAUCUCUAUGUGCUGAGUGGCAUCGGGGGGUUGGUGCUGCUGCUGCUGAUUUUCCUGGUGCUCUACAAGGUUGGAUUCUUCAAGCGGAACCUGAAGAAAAUGAUGGAGGCUGACGGAGGUGUCCCAAAUGGACUCCCUGGGGAAGGCAUGGGGCCCCUGGUGGAAUCUGAGAAGGAGGCCAUGAAUCAGGACUGCCUAGCGCCCCUCCACGGGGACGAGGCUCAGGAUGGAGGGGACAAGGACUGAGGCCAAGACCUGCCGCCCAUGGAGCCCAGGGCUGCACUGACUAAGCCUGAGGCUGCUCAGCUGCAGCCUGCAUCUCACUAUAUGUCCUUGGCAAGUCACUCUUCUCCCUUUGCCUCGGUUUCCCUGUCCUGAGUCGGGUGCUCAUCCCCGCCUUCAUCCUCCGUGGGUACAUGGUGAGACUCUGUGGGGAAAGGGCCAAGGCGGCCACAGAGGUAAGAACUCCUCGUGACCAGGCGGCCCCAGCUUCUGCCAGCCUGUCUUGGCUUUCUCCCUUGCAAGGGAACUUGCGAUCUAAAUUUGGAGAAACUGUAGUGCCACGACCCAGGAGGCUGCGGCAACCUUGCUAGUCGAGAUGUCUCUGCCUCCCAGAACCGCCUCCACACCCGCCCGGCCUGGGAGCCCCCACUCCCUCAUUCAGCCGCUGGAGAGCAGGUCCAGCCCUGCCACCGUAUCGCUGCAGAACCCAUCGCUCUUCAGCCAAAGACCAAAUUCUUCAAUAAGCCUUUAAGGCUGAGCACAAUUGGGCCCCAUCUCUCCUGGAGAUGCUCCAGUCACCUCCGAGGCGCCAGCCUUUCUCAGGAGCCACACCCUACCUGCCUCUCUGCUUCUGC